GUGUCUGGUACAAUCACAGGGUUAGUGGAUGUAGGUUCUAAUACAACAGACACACAGUUCUCUCAUAAUGCUGACCAUGGUUUGGUCCUAUUCUUUCGGCCAUUUAUUUGUAACUGGGGCCAGGUUGUUGGUCUGUAUCUCACCAAAAAUGCAGCCCCUGGCAAUGUCCUUACAAAUUUGGUUCUGGAUGCUAUUGCGAAACUAGAUGCAGCUGGUCUGUUUGUAGACUGCGUAGUGUGUGAUGGAGCAACAACAAACCGUUCAAUGUGGAAAAAGUUUGGUAUUGGCAUAAAAUAUGAGAAGAACGUUUGUAAUUCAGUUACCCACCCAUGUAGUGACACAGGCGACAGAAAGUUAUAUUUCAUUUCUGAUGGUCCACACUUGUUUAAGUGCAUAAGAAACAGAUGGCUUAAAUUACGUGUAUUUAAGGUUAGUUUUCAAAUGUAAAAAAAAAAUUGCUGACAUUUCAAUAUGAUUAUUUGAUUGUUAAAAUCUGUUACGGAAUUUGUUUCAUUUAAGAUCGGGAUGGAAGCAGCAUGCAUGAACCACUUGGAACUUCUAUUGAAGUAUGACAGUAAAGCGGCAGGCCCAAGAAUGGCCCCAAAUUUAACAUAUAAACAUGUGCAGCCAAAAAAUUUCCAGAAAAUGAGUGUUACUCUCAUGAAGCAGGUAACUAAAAAUUGCUGUACAAAUUAUGUAAUUUCCAUAAUGCAGUUAUUCAUAAUAAAAUUUCCACACAUCAAAAUUUAAGCGAUAAUGGUACUUGUCAUUGUUUUCUUUACCGACUAACUACCAGAGGCACUAAUGAAUUUAUGAACACAAUUUUCUUUUGCUUCCAAGAGCAUUUUUGGGAAUGAAAUGGGAAAUAUGGGCUCGGCCAAUUUAUUCACAUCCUGUGCACACAACACAUUAAAAAUUAUUUUGUAAAUUAAAUAUAUAUACUUGUUUUAUUAAAUAAGUACACAAAAAUAAUUUUAUAGACAGCUUCUAUUCAUAAACUGCACUUAACAAAAAUAAAGAUUUUCCUGUAUUGAAACAUUAAAAAUACUUAAUGAUUCUUUAUUUCUUAUGUAGACACUUCUUGGUUUCUUGGAGUAUAUUGACACGUGGGAAUAAUCCACCAAAUAUCAGCCAGAAUUGUUUCUUUCACCAUCAACAGCCUGUGGAAUAAGAGUAAUGAUAACAUCAAUCAUUGAGUUGUCACAUACACUUAAUUCUAUUGGCUUUCGUUACCUUCUCACAUCAAAGGUCAACCAAAACAUAUUGGAGGUAUGUAUUAUUUAAAAAAAACAUUCAUUGCUGAUUUUUUAAAGCAAAUAAUAGCUAAUUAACUAAUCCUUAUGUGAUGUCUAUAGGAAAAGUUCAAUAUUGCAAUUGGAAUUUAAUUUUUUUGCCUUAUAAAAUUUUCAAUAACUAUUUUUGAGACCUCAGAAAAAAAUGUUAUGAAAUGCAGGAAAGUAAUCAGUGUUGAAAAUGAAAAAUAGGGACAAAUUUAUGGACAUAUCAAUUGUGGCAUUCCCUGCCUCUGAGCACCUGGUGACGACAGAGAGGGCAGGAGCAAGAGACACUACAUGCCAAGGGACAAAUUAAUUCUAGUGCAGGCUUAGUAAUACAAAUACACAUAUUAUUUCACUGAUUUUUCCAGCACAAUUUGAUAUAUUUAAAAACAAUCAGCUAGUAAUUUUAAAACGUGAUAGUUACAAUUGCUUAUAUUACUUCUCUAAAACAUGUGUUUUGACUUCAGUGAAAUUCCAUUGAAACAUAAAAAAUACAGCUUUGGUACUUCAUUAUAAAAGUUCACAAUUUUAAAACAUAUUACAUGGAUAUAGAAUUAUAUGUUUCAAUUAAGUGUGGUACUUUGCAAUGAGAUUUCAAUUUAAUAAACAAAUAAUUAAAUUGAGGCCAUCACUUACAGCAUAAUAAAUAAGUAAAUUAAAUAUAAAAAAUCCAACUUAAAACCUUUACACAUAUCUACAUGGUGUAUUCUCCACUCUUAUGAAGGCAACCAUGUGGUUGAAAAUUUGAAUUAUUUUGUUUGUCCCGUUUCCAUUUUAAUAACUAAUAGUUCUGCAACAUACACAUAAAACUAACCUAACCAAUCAUUCACUCCAUUUCACAGUAAUUUUAAUGUAGCUAACCUAACGUUUCUACAUGUUAAAACAGUAUACUACAAUAACAUAAUUUUUAAAAAAUAUGUCAAGAAUUUUGAUACUGUGAAAAUGGUUGGUUAGGUUAUAUUUAGUAAGCUGCGUUUAAAAUACUUAAAUAGUGGGUGUGGACAGUUGGUUAGGUUGGUUACAUUACCAAAAAAAAUAUAUAGUAAAAUCGUUUAGUUAAGAACCGCCCCUUUAAACUACACAUCCAAUGGCAUUGAUCUAAUUAUUUAAUUUUUUUAAUUGAAUAUAUUUUCCAUCCUGCUUCACAUAGUGCUUGAAGAUUAAGCACAAAAGGAACAACCAUUUACCUACCACAUUUUAUCCCUAUUUCAAAUUUCUAAACAAGCACAAAUGCUGCAAGUAGAUGGGUGCACCAUACAAGCUCACUACACUCAUAGUUUUGAAAACCAAAUUUCACAGUGAAGCGAUGAAAAGUUGAAAAAACAAUUAUUUUUCUCUUAAAUAUCAUAGUAAAUCACCAACGUUUUGUGUCCGUAAAUUUUAAAUUCGGACUUGCUGUAACUGAUAAUGGAAUAUGGUAUGUAAAUUGUAUUAGUGGCAUGAAUCAAAAUUACGUUAAGCUUGGAAAGACUGUCGCAUAUCCCGAGAAAUCAGUCGAAUAAUAACUAAGUGAAAGGUUGUUUAUGUUAUGCUUGCUAUAUUAACAAGUAAAUCUGUAAUUGAAGUACAAAGCUUACCUGCAGGUAAACUGAAGUAAGGUAAAGUGAGGUCAUGACCUCAACUUCACUUUAGUUAUUAUUCGCCUAAUUUCCAUUAAUCCGAGAAUCAACAACGUUCACAAACUAAAUAGUAUAGAUACUGUGAUAUCAAACCGAUAAAAACACAAACAAGCACAUCUUUUUUCAUCCAGACAUAACUUACCUCAAAUAUUUGCUUACCUUCAUAUGCAGAUUGCUCGCGGCGAAACAUAAACGCAGUAUAGCUUUUAUUUACGUACCCAAAAGGCACAAAGUUGUGAAAUUUACACGUUCUUAACGGAAGACUUGUUCAAUAUAAUUCUUGCAAACAAAAAGCACAUAACUAAAUACCAUACAGACUAUUUUAUUUGACUUCAAUGCGGUUUUCUCACGUUCACCCUCAUGGCAGUGUGUAAAAUGUUACCCUUUCGCUACGCCAGCGCACCUAGCGGCAGAAUUUUUCCCUGUGCCAAACUCGCCCAUAAGAAAACCCGUUUUCUUCCUAACCUGUAGUAGAAUUAACCUUAGCACCACCAAUCUGUAAACCAUAGAGAAAACAGCACGUGGGUUUGUUUGGCAACUGUAAUUUUUGUGUAAAUGUAAAAAGUGUGUUAACAACCAGCAUGAAGCCGGGCGUUGGUCGGAUGACGAGAGACGAGUACGUGAAGCUGAAGAAGCGGAAGGAAGAGAAGAAGAGACUGAAGCAAGAGAGGCUCGCCAAGAGGGCGAAGGCGGAGGGGGAGAGAGAAGCAGAGGAGGACGGGGGCAGCUCUGCGACGACCUCGGAGACACGCACCCUCAGCAUCGCAGUGCCGGGAUCGAUCCUGGAGAACGCCCAGUCCGCCGAACUGCGCACGUACCUCGCCGGGCAGAUCGCUAGGGCCGCGUGCAUCUUCGAAGUGGACGAGGUGGAACGGCGUGCAGGUGAUCGUGUACGACGACCUGCCCGACACGGACGCCGGCCGGAGGGUGGGGGUGGACGAGCAGGUGUACGGCGUGCGGACCGUGAGACGGUGCUGCGCGCAGCUGGCGCGGGUGCUGCAGUACCUCGAGUGCCCGCAGUACCUCAGGAGGAGCUUCUUCCCCGUGCACAAGGACCUGGAGUACGCGGGGCUCCUCAACCCUCUGGACGCGCCCCACCACCUGCGACAGGCCGACGACUUCGCCUACAGGGAGGGCAUAGUCACCAACCACGCAGGCAAAGCCGGCCACAGCUACGUGAACGUGGGGCUGCUCAAAGAAGUGUCGGUCAAGAAGGAACUCGCCCCCGGUCUGCGAGUGACGGUGAAGCUCCUGCCCGACAAGAGCUCCAAGAAGCUGCGUGGGGAGGUGGUGGCACCCUCGGAGCCGCGCGCGGCCACGGGCGUGUACUGGGGCUACACGGUGCGCAUCGCGCAGGCGCUGAGCGACGUGUUCUGCCGGGCGCCCUACCCCGGGGGCUACGACGUGACGUUGGGCACCUCGGACCGGGGCGUGAGCGUGCACGGACUGGCCGAGGGGAGCUUGUCGCAGCACCGGCACGCCCUGGUCGUGUUCGGGGGCCUGCAGGGGCUGGAGGCGGCCUUGGAGAGCGACGACAAGCUGACCGUGGACGACCCGGCGCUGCUGUUCGACCACUACCUCAACACGUGUCCCGGCCAGGGCUCCCGGACCAUACGCACCGAGGAGGCUGUCCUCGUAAGCCUCGCCGUCCUCAGACCCAAGUUCUCUCUCUGCGAGCAGAGGGACAACUUCAAACAUACUGCAAAAAACUGAGCAUUAAGACUUACUUGUGCAUUUUUAUUGCAUCUGGUGCAUCAUCAUCAGGCUGGUAUUAAACAAAAUACAAAACGAUUUAAUUGUUGUAAGAAUCACAAAUUUAAAAUUUUUAUUUUUAAAAAAUGUAGUGUGAUCCAAAUUAAAGUUUAUUCAUUUUUGGUUAAAAAAAAAAAUAUAUAUAUUUUUUUUUAUUAUUAACCUUGAAUGUGUGGUUGAAUAAGUCAGUAAAUAAAUAGCCUAUGUUGGUUUUUAAUAAAUAUAACUCCACA